AUGAAUGUCUCUCGCAUGUUGUGCCUGCCGUCAAUGAUCGAGUACUGUCAGCGUGGCGAACUGGAGCGUGGCGAUCCGCCGCAGUGCAACAUUCUCGUGACCGCCGACAAGUUCGAGAAGAUAGGACAGCAGAUGCCGACGGUGUCCAUGUUUGCGAUCUGGUAUAGAGGCAGAGUGGCUGUCCAUGACGACAUGGUAGCCCCAGUGCUUGCAGAUGACGAGCAACACAUCUGGGACAACGCGGCCCAUAUCGCCAUGCUCUUUGUUCGUCUGCAAUAUCUUGCUUCAUCCGAAGCAGACGGCAAGAACGACAAGUUGAUCAAGGAUGCGCGAUGCUGUCUCACGGAGUACAAGGAUGCACUCGGGAGCUUGCUGUUCAAAUGGCAGGCUAGAUCGACUUUGGAUGGAGAGUCAUCGACACUGAAUGCAGGCACUGUGAAGGCACUGCUAUCCAUAUGUGACGUCGCCAUCACUCGCUCACCGGAGCCUCCACGAGGUGUUAGUGCGUUGCCGCAAGACGAACACACUGGGGACGUCACCACAGACCUACCCAGUACGCGCGCAAUCCAGCAGCCGUGGGAGAACUCGUGGUAG